AUGUUAAUCCUCAGUCUUCCAGUGGAGGUUCUUCUCCUCAUUUAUCAAAGUCUCAACGAUAUCGAUGACUCUCUGUACCUUGCCAGAACAUGCAAAAGGUUAUAUACCAUCUUCGACAGUCCAUUGUCACGGGUAAACAUCUUCCGUUGCAUCAUUCAAAGCCAAAAUCAACACAAGUAUGACACCAAGCUGACUAUCGUUCAAUCCUACAAUCAAACAUAUCGCUCGUCGCCAGAUUCCACUACAGGACAUGCACAGAUAGCUUCUAAACCUGGUCCCGAGGUCCUCCACCAAGCACUUUUCCCAGCCCACCCACAGCAAUUAUCCGACGAACAGGUAUGGGAAAUUGUCUGUCGUUGGCACGGUAUGCGAACUCUUUUUUCUCUGUACAGUGAUACAACCAUCCACGACAUAUACAUGAACGACUGGGCGCCCUGGUGGCACAGUCAAACCCCUGCACUUCUCGGCAACGACCCGCUUCCCCAGCUCUCUGGCCGAACCGUGCAUGGCACCUCUGAUCAAAAACGCAUCCUGUACCACCGAUUCUACCAGGCAUUAAACUCCCACUGGCUCUCCAUCGAAUGCCUGGCCCUUGCAAAGGCCACGGUAUAUCCCACCCCCGAGUCACGAAAUGAAUGGCAGGCAAUUAUCUAUGCCCAGUGGUGUGGUCAAACCCAUCUUUCCCUGCGCGAGAAAUUAGAUAUUCUGCAGGUGACUCUCUUCGUGUGGGAGUUUCUUGCCCGCAAGAUCUUCGAGACUAUCCCUCUUACUCCACGACUGCAGGAAUUCCGCACGAGCAAGGUCUUUCUGCGCCCUCCAAGUGUGAUUCAGGCUCUCAUACUGCAGAACUGGCCUGAUCCAGAUUCAAUGUGCGAUCCCGUGGGGUACUGCGAGCGUUCAUCGCCUGAAUGCAGGAUUCAACGGGUGAUGGUGGGGAGGCAACGAGGUGGCAACGAGGGUCCUGAAAAUAUAGGAAACGAGAGCCCGGGAGAAUGGGAUAUGGGAUUACACGAUCUAGAAAAUUGCAUCCAUAAUUACGUGCGACGAAUGAAGAUUACUCCCCGCGCGACAUGGCGGUCGUACUGGCCCGCGACCUGGGGAGGAAGCUUUGCCAAACGACCUAGAUCAGGCCAUGCAGCAAAUGGUCAAUUGAGCAUUGGUGUCUUAGAUCGAUUGUUUCUUUGUCCAGAGACUAAUGAGCGGGCGCUAAUGGACUUAUUAUGA